CUUGUGCCCUUACGUCGCAGAGAUCAAAAACCUAUUAUCAAUGAUCAGCUCUCGAGCACAGGGGUAGCUCAACCAGGAGAUUGCGGAAUGUUCUUCAAUUUGCGACUUGAGAACUGCUCGCACCGCGCUUCUAGUUCUUCGCUCUCAUCUCCGCCCUUUUUGUGCAGCGCCCCCAGUUUAUCUCUCCGCUACCACAAUCACAAUUGUAUUUUCAAGAUGUGGGCAGACCAUCGCCUAUCAAGUACUGGAGCAUCGCGACAGACCAGAACGAACGCGAUGCGUCAAUCUGGGACGCCAUCAGCUACUUCUAAUCCCUCGUACAACUUACGCUUGCAAAACCAAAGAGAACAUUACUACGAGCCUGAAGAUGCACAAAUGACACCGCGUCACCGAACUACAAUGAACCGAUCAAGAUCGCGCCAUAGGCCCAUCUCCGGUCGGGCACACCAAUCACGCUCACAAUCCCGUAGACGCAACCCAGUCUCGACAACCUGCGGACACCAUAUCAAUGACUGGCUUACGCGACAAUCGAAUGGCAUGGGAUAUGCGAACUGGGCGUUGAUUGCCAUUCUUACCUUAACUCUGGUGCUUGCAAUCUUGUUGGCCUACCGGAACACAAAUAUCUGGCAGUAUGUUGCGGUACUGGGUUCGCUACUUCAAUGGGCUUCGACGUACAUUACGCGAUCCUUGGAUCAGGUCAGCCCGGGCUUGACCACCAGUCUUUGCAAGAUGCCGACUGUUCCAUGGGUCUUGGACUGUGCUUCGCCGGAUGCCACGGACUCAUUCAUGGUUAUUGAUAAAGUAAACCGUGAUAGGAUCUCGGAUGCUGUGAUAGCGCUGACUGAAAACACCGAGGAUAUCUUCCAAGCAUACACUUUGGUCAACCAAGUCAUGCAUGACCAUGGAGUACUAGCUGACCAGUUGCCCCUGGAUGCCUCCAGUGAGUAUAUAGAAGGACUUGCUCUACUGAAGGUACACAUAGCUGCCUACGAUUUUGAUCUUGAUUUGACUUUGCGACGGAUCCCGCAGAUCUCUGCCAGGUUGCGCGACUUGGAUUCCGACGAGCAGCCUUGGACAGAAAACAUCUUCGAGCUCAUCGCACCGUGGAUCAACGCUCGAACGAAGUGGGGUAGCUUCCACGGCGACAUGGUGCACCAUCUCCGCGAUUGGGCAACAAAGUUUACGAGCCUAUACAGCAGAUCCAAGGGACUGCUAUCAACAUCAAAGACCGCCAAGUCAUGGAGAUCCUUGGGCAAAGCUCCCGAACAUACCACUGGCACAAUCAAAACUUCCGAAGGUCUGAUCACCGCGAUUGAAGAAGCCUUGCGCUUACUCAACACCACUCAUAAUGCUGCUCAGACCGGUCUCGCGUCCAUGCAGGCAGCCGAGCGACGCAUCAACGCGAAUGGGCCCACCUGGAAAAAAUACUUCGGGAAAAGAGCUACACACAUCACCAACACUCUUGCGGAUUUGAAAGAAGUAUCAAAACUCACGUCUGAGCUCAGGGCGCAUCGGAAAGCAUUGCGCGAUGCUGUAGAGAUUGUACCAGGCGGUGGGAAGCUGUAUACUCCAGAUAUGUGAGAUCGCUGUCUUGGUGUUCAUUGUCAGGUGUUCGCUUGCUUGUCUGUUGGAACGGCGAGAUAUGGAGUUUUGGGCUUCGCGUUGUUGGUGUUUCUGAGAUGUCACGACUGUGCGAAGGCUUCCUGCUGUUGCAACAUGCAUUUUGUCUCUGGUUUCCAAGACUUGUGGCGGGC